AUGGCCCUGUGCGCACUGCCAAUGUAUCGUGGAUGUAAUAUGAUGGUGGAUGUAAACAUUCAUGAGGUGGAGUGCAUUUGGCUGAUGCCUGUGGAUUGUGCCCUGAGGUGUUGUUGGGUGGUGACCAACAUGGAGGUGGUUCACAGGAAGUGGCGAUCUGAAUCUGCCAGGUUAUAUCACAGAUAUCAUGCCUUGGCACCAGAGAUUGUACCACGUUACUUCAAUGAUAGUGCAGAUAUCAAGCUACCUCUGGAACUCAUUAGCGAGAUGCCAGAGCUAAAGGAAAAUCCCUUUCACCAAAAGCUUCUUCAAGUAUUUUCUGAGGAUAAGCAGGAUAACAUGUCAUUUAAUGACUUUCUAAAUAUGUUCUCUAUCUUAAGUGAUCUGACACCUCAACAUUUAAAGGCAUAUUAUGCAUUUAAAGUAUACGACUUCAACAGUGAUAACUUCAUUUGCCAAUCAGACCUGGAGGUGAUGCUUGGUAAGCUUACAGGUGAUGAUGAACUGUCACAUGAAGAAGUUCAAUUGGUGUGCCACAAAAUCAUGGAGGAAGGAGACCUAGAUGGUGAUGGAAAGCUUUCAUUCGCUGACUUUGAGUACAUGAUCACUCGUGCUCCAGAUUUUAUGAGCACUUUCCACAUUAGAAUCUGA